UGGGUUUUUGCUAAAUCACCUGAAAUAAGUUGCUAACAAAUUGCUAAAAGGGACUACUUCCUUUGGCGGGGAUGACAAGUCACUUCAUGACAAGCAGGACAUUUGGACAGCAUUUCUCAUGAAAAAGUGGCUAGUUCCUUGGCUCCUCCUCCAUUUCUCUGGGUUGGCACAGAGGAUGAGAUCCGGCUUUGACAGAUGGGGCGACUGGGACAGAAGUGAAGUAGAUGAAGACAGAUUCUGACGUGUGUUUUCUGGCAGGGGCUAACUGUGCAGCUAAACCUUGAGGAAGACAUUAUCCUCCAGGAAGUGACAUCAUUUUAGAGACAGCACAAAUAUUACAUUGCUUGUGGAGCGUUGACUAGCUAGUUAAUUGAGAGCCUCCCGAGACCCCUGCUAGUUUGAGAAGAACCAAACGAAAUGGGAUUGUUGUCUUGGGAACAACAGAGGAGAUGGGAAGACCCCGGGGGAGAAGCAUUGAAGAGCGGAGGCCAGGCAGGCCAUGACAGCGCUGCUACAAACCUUUUAGCCUGUCUGCUCGGAGCUCAGACUCUAUUGGAUUUGGCUCAUGUGCCCCGUCUAACGCUUUGAGAGCUGCACUAAUGUGCUGUCAGCCGUUCCACAUGCACUUCCUCUGUCGUGAUGCGCUCUCCUGCUGGACAACUGUUGCGUCCGCCUAAUUUGACCAGGACCCAGACGAGCCGCUAAUACUGGCUGAGGAAUCCAGUGAUGGGACCAGCCCGUGUUAACCAUUAACACCCCAACUUGCACCCUUUUCAUCCUGUUUCAGGUGGUGUAUAGCAUGACCUAGAUGAGGAGAACGACGGAGAAGAAGAGGAAAUUGAACGGAUCAGGUCAAGAUGAGAGCCAGACUUUUGAACGCAACAUGAGUCAAUUGUAAAGACACUGGAAAUAAAUGGGAUUAAAACAUCAUGCAAGCCAGAUUCGAACUCAUGUUCCCAAGAGCACCUGCAUGACCCACUGCGCCACCGCUCAAAACUUGCCUAUCAGGAAUGGAUGAAUUGUGUGGUACUGUGGGCAGUUCGACCACAACCACAAGCAAUUUCUGUGAGCCAAUCAAUGUGGAGAAGAAAGCAGAGCCGCCUCCUUCUGCCAAUGACAAGAUGGGCGGCAGUGACCAGUGCCAUGCCAAUAGGGAAUCGAUACAACGCAAAACCCGACAUCAAUCCCACAAAACCUGCAAGACGAUCAGACGCACAGAGAGGAACACACACUCCAUCAUCGUCUUAAUAGUCUGACUGGAGAGAGUUUUGCCAAAUGCAGUUUGAUUUACUGUCAACAUCUACACAAGGAAAUCCAGGACACACACGUCCCUUGAUUUAAGAGCUUCAGCACAAUCAAACAGGCAUUCUACAACACUGACGUCUGUAGAAGUGUGUCUGCAUGCUGGGCUGAAAUCUGACUCCGGGUCGGGAGGGAGAGCAGCUGGUCGCACACGCCGAUACCACCUAAAGCACUCCGCCCACCACUCCCAAACCUCCCGUCCAAACGGUUGAGAGGACGGCGAGGACACAGGUGUGGGUGUGUUUGGCAUGUGCUGGAGGCGUGGUGCAGGUGUACAUGUGCCAAUUUGAGGCCGUCUAAGCUGGAGGUGGACGCAGAAUGAAACCUCCUAAUCAGCUGCAUGAUGGGCAAGAGUCUUGUGCGAUAUCAUGACCCGCAUGGACGUGUAAUGCAAUGCCUUCAUUAAGGGCAGGUGAGACGGUAACGAGGCCUGCAAUUAUGUUGACGCCCGUCAUGCAAAACACAUAAUGACGUAUGAUUUGAUCCAGGCAGAAUCAACAGAUUAAAAAGAUAGGAAAGGCGCCAUGCAACGUGCAAAACACGUAAUGAGGUCUAUGGUUUGAAGCAGAAUCAGCAGAUGAAGCCGAUACGAAAGGCAUCAUGUAAAUUUUGGCGAUCUGCAGCGCCUUUAUGGCGUCUGAGACACAGGACUAAUUGUGUCCUCUGCUGAAGAUGGAUUUGCAUGCUUUAACUUAUGCAGCGUGACUCGCCUUGCUCUCGUACACAAACUCUGACACACACACACACAUGCUUUCAGCGUUCUCACCUACUCAACCCCCCUCCGUUGAGCUCGCACGCUCUUACAAUUGAAACAGACCUCAUCUAUUUCCUCCUUUUCAAGCAAAUGCGAACAGGUGGAGGUUUGAUAGGCCGGCCCAAACGCCAGAUAACGCAGAACAAACCCUCUGCAGAAAUGAAAUUCUCCGGAGCAUGUGACCUAAACGGCCCAAUGACACUUGGAUGCUUUUUUUUCAAUGGUGGGGAACGGUUAAACUUGUUGUCUGUCUAAGGGAGACGCUUUCUGUGGGCCGCCACAACCACAAACCAAGUCUGCGACCGGUCACGGCUCUCUAGGCACUAGAGAACUGCGAGAUAAAGAUAGACGAGAGGGACUGAAGAGCGAGAAGGGGGAGGGAGAAUACGUGUUGAUGUCAGCGUGUGAAUCGCCGGAAAAAACCACAGCGACACGUUUGCGCUCCUGCUCUUUUGCACAAGGGUAAGCAUCAGUCAACCACAGGCUGACCGCCGAUCGCAAUCUCCCGUGUCUGUGAGCCAUGCACAGAAUCCCAGGACAGAACCGACUCGCCGGACCGGCACAGGGUGACCAUGGGUUCCCGGGUGUGGGGCAAAACCGGGAGCCCUUCAAAAUUCGGGAGCAGAUCAAAUUGGAAGCCUUGGAUUCGGACGAAGACGAGGAGCAGCCGCCGCUCGCGAUGGCCUCCAACAGCAUCUUCGAAAGCUUCCCGUCCUACCAGUCAUGCUUCACCCGGGAACCUGCGCCUGGGCGACGCUUCACGCCUCCCUCGACCACGCUGAGCUCGGGGAAGAUGAACGAGGGGUUGCCGCUGGGGGCUCAGGAGAGCAGCGGCGCCGCCCUGGUGGGCAAACUGCGCAUGGCUGACCGGAGCAUGGUGGAGGUGCUUUCCGACCACCCAGGAGAGCUGGUGCGCACCGACAGCCCCAACUUCCUCUGCUCCGUCCUGCCAACACACUGGCGCUGCAAUAAAACCCUGCCCAUCGCUUUCAAGGUGGUUGCCCUCGGCGAUAUCCCCGACGGAACGCUGGUCACCGUGAUGGCCGGCAACGAUGAGAACUAUUCUGCCGAACUCCGCAACGCCACGGCCGCCAUCAAGAACCAAGUGGCACGUUUCAACGACCUGCGUUUCGUCGGCCGCAGCGGACGAGGGAAGAGCUUCACUCUCACCAUCACCGUCUUCACGAACCCUCCUCAGGUGGCCACUUAUCAGAGAGCCAUCAAGAUCACUGUGGACGGACCCCGAGAACCACGCCGCCACCGACAGAAGCCGGAUGAAGCGGUAAAGCCAGGCGCGUUAGCUUUCUCUGAGCAGUUGAGGCGAAGUGCCAUGCGGUGCAGUCCACACCACGGCCCCGCCCCCAACCCCCGCCCCGCCCUCAACACGCCCCUCAGCAGCCCCGCCCACAGCCAGAUUCCCGAUUCAAGGCAGAUGCAGACGUCUCCGUCCUGGUCGUAUGAGCAGUCGUACCCUUACCUGGGCCCCAUCUCCACCCCGACGGUCCACCCGACGACACCCAUCUCACCCAGCCGCAACGCUAUACACUGUCCAGAUCUGACGGCGUUCACUGACCCUCGCGUCGGCCUGGAGCGUUCCUUCCCCUCGCUCCCCUCCCUACCGGACGGCCGUUUCUCGGAUCCGCGCGUGCCGUACCCCACCGGGGCCUUUACGUACACGCCCACCCCCGUCACCAACGCCAUCGGCAUCGGCAUGUCGGCCAUGACGAGCCCUGCUGGCCGCUACCACACAUACUUACCGCCGGCGUACCCCGCAGGCUCCUCGCAGGCUCAGGCCGGACCCUUCCAGGCCGGCUCGUCCCCGUAUCACCUCUACUACAGCAGCGCCGCCGGAUCCUACCAGUUCUCCAUGAUGCCGGGCGGAGGAGGAGGCGAGCGCUCGCCGCCGCGCAUCUUACCGCCCUGCACCAACGCCUCCACAGGCUCCGCCCUCCUGCACCCCUCUCUGCCCAAUCAGAGCGACGUCGUGGUGGAGGCCGAAGGAAGCCACAGCAGUUCGCCGACCAACAUGUCGGUUGAAGCCGUCUGGAGGCCGUAUUGACGUUUGAACAGGUCGACGGACAGUCGGCUUGACCAAUAGGACGCAGGCAGCUGAAUGAGGUGGUUUCUGAUUGAAGCAAUUGACUCAAAGGACGGACUUUUUCACAGCACAGCAUGAGACUCGCUUGCUUUUUUUAAAGUGGAUAGUUUGUAAUAUUAUUAUUAUUAUUAUUAUUAUUAAAAUUAUUGUUGUUGUUGUUAUUAUUAUUACUGUUGUUCGUCUCAUCAUCACUGUACUUUUAUCAGUGCCUCUGUGUUUUAUGUCAAACAAAACCUCACCAUGUUACGUCUAAGGCCAGAAACGCACUCUACGCAAGUGUUUAAAUGCACAUCGCUAACGGAUAACAAAAAGCCAUCUCGAUCGCAAAACUACUUUGCAUAAAUAUAAUUGUAUAUGCCAUAAAUUAAAACAAUCAAAAAUAUUUUUAUUGUACUGUAAUGACUACUUAUUGUUUUAUUUUUGCUUUUUUAAAUAAUUAAAUAUUUAAAUAAUUAAAUAUUUUUAUAAACAUUGGUUCAGGUAACAGACACUUAAUAAAAAUAGUAUCAGUUUAUCUCUACUCAGUAUUCAAUUCGAGUAGCUGAUAUAAACGUGCAAAAUAAAUUUGCACAAACAUAAUAAUAUAUGGCUUUUUUGGGGGGGGGGUUCCCCUUUAUUAUAAUAGGACAGUAUAGAGUGGACAGGAAGCAAGAGAGGGAAACGGGAUCGGGAAAGGCCCGAAGCACAAGCUUUACAUGUCGGCGCGCUCAGCACAGACGUAAAUUAAAAUAUAUAAUAAAAGUGGUUUAUUAGUGGUAACUUAUUGUUUUAUUUCUGCUGUUUGACAAUAAUACUUAAAUAUCGAAAUAAUUCAAAUAUUGGUUCAGACACUAGAUAUCAAAUAAAACUAUAUCAGUUGAUCUCUAUUUAAUAUUCCAUUCAGGUCACUGAUAUAAACAUGCAAAAUAACUUUGCAUAAACAUAAUACUAUAUGAUUUAUUUUUUUUUUGGCCGAUUUAUGCCUUUGUUAUGAUAUGAUAGUAUCAUGGACAGGAAGCGAGAUGGGAUCAGGAAAGGUCCGCGAGCCGGGAGCCUGAAGUGCAACGGCAUUACAUGUCGGCGUGCUGCCCACAAGGCUAUCGGCACCAACGUAAAUUAAAUAUUUAAUAAAAAUAAUGCAUUUUGCAUCCUAGUGGUUACUUAUUGUUUUGACAAUAAUACUUAAAUAUCAAAAUAAUUCAAAUAUUGUUUCAGAAACUAGAUAUAAAAUAAAACUAUAUUAGUUGAUCUUUAUUUAAUAUUCCAUUCAGGUAGCUGAUAUAAACAUGCAAAAUAACUUUGCUUAAUCAUAAUACUUUAUGCCUUUAUUAUGAUAGGAUAGUAUAGAGUGGACAAUAAGCAAGACGGGAUCAGGAAAGAUCAGCAAGUUGGGACUCGAACUCGGGUCACCCGAAGCCAAUGUCGGCAUGCUGCCCACAAGGCUAUCGGCACCAACAUCAAUUAAAAUAUUUAAUAAAAUAAUGCAUUUUGUAGCCUAGUAGUUGUUUUAAUUCUACUUUUUGACAAUAAGGCUACUUAAAUAUCAAAUUAUUAUGUUUCAGACACUAGAUAUCAAAUAAAACUAUAUCAGUUGAUCUCUAUUUAAUAUUCCAUUCAGGUCGCUUAUAUAAACAUGUCAACUAACUUUCUUUAAACUCCACCGUAACUGAGAAAACUCACCAUAGAAGAAGACGAUUUACGCUAACGUCCAUUUUGCGCUAUCAUCCACUGCUUUCUGACACAUUUGCGAAUAAAAUGAUGCAUGGAGUUGAUCUUGUGUAGCUGGAAGCAUUUGCAUUCAUGAACUUGCGUAGAGUCUGUUUCGGGUCUCGGUUGAUCUGCAGUGUGAUCCGUUCACAACUGGAUGGAUUAAAGUCAAUUAACCGGCUCAAUUGAUGCCCAGAAAGUUUCCCGCCUCAUUGUCGUCCCUCACUGCAGCCGAGGAGGAACAAAACACGCCUCUGCCAGCGGCGACACGCUCUUAAGAGUUUAAACAGACUUUUGACUCUUUACAUUUCCAGGUUUACGAGACUUCGCCCGGUCGCUGCCUUUCACUGUCGUUCUCUCCGCAAGAUUUACACGGUUUCUGCAAUUUCAACCUUUCCGAUUGAUGCUCUCGUGUAAUGGUUGGCUGGAUGGAAGAUGGAAGAAUCACGAACCUGAUUUUUUUUGUGUAAAUAGAUUGUAAAUUACUUCAGAGGUUUGACACACGACACGGUUCUCAACUUCCACAAUUGUGAAACAAGCAAAACCUUCUGGAAUGCAGCUUAUUUUUUUCCUUUGUUGUCCCCUUUCAACAUUUCUUUGGAGAAUAUAACACUUUGUUGUGAAGAAACUGCUUAUUUCUCUA